CCAGCCACGUGUUUCCGCUGCGUGAUAAUAUUUAUUAAUUUACUGGGAAGCAAUUGCAAUGCCUCGAGCCCGCAGUCGAAUCCAGUUAAAGGGCCGUUGCAGUGCCUAAUUGGCGACGCUGGAGGGCGGAUUGGAAGUGAAUCAUAGUCGAUAACCUUCCGACCGGCUUUCCAGGGCACUCUGCCCACUCACUUGCUCCGCGUCCCGCGAUGAUCUUCCACGGAUUUCUAAAGGAGCUGCCGCGCAUUCCACGACCCUCCCGACCGGCCGUUAUACAACUGAGAAGGCUUUCUGGAGAGGAUGGAGGGAGACCUCUGGAUGGCAUCAGAGUCCUUGAUCUCAGCAGGGUGCUGGCCGGCCCCUUUGCCACCAUGAUCCUGGGCGACCUCGGGGCAGAGGUCAUCAAGGUGGAACGUCCAGGUUUGGGGGACGAGACGCGGAGGUGGGGGCCCCCGUUUGCCAACACGGAGAGCGUCUACUUCCUGAGUGUCAAUCGCAACAAGAAGAGCGUGGCCAUCAACCUGAAGCAUCCCAAGGGAGUGAUGGUGGUCAAGGAGUUGGCGCGGGUCAGCGACGUGCUGGUGGAGAACUACGUUCCCGGGAAGCUCUCCAAGCUGGGGCUGGGAUACGAGCAGCUGCGGGAGGACGCGCCUCGUCUCAUCUACUGCUCCAUAACAGGAUACGGGCAAACGGGACCGUACAUGCAACGAGGUGGCAUUGAUACCGUGGCAGCAGCCGUGUCUGGCUUCCUACACAUAUCGGGGCCUGAGGGCGGCGUCCCCGUGCGUUCCGGCGUGGCGAUGACCGACCUGGCGACGGGGCUGUUCGCUCACGGAUCUAUCAUGGCCGCCUUGCUGCAGAGGGCCCGCACUGGGAGGGGCCAGCACCUGGACUGUAACCUCCUCUCGUCCCAGGUCGCCUGCCUCUCCCACGUCGCCGCCAAUUUUCUCACGGCCGGAGUGGAGGCCACUCGCUGGGGCACGGCGCACAAGAGCAUCGUGCCCUACCAGGCUUUCAAAACACAAGACGGCUACCUGGUGAUCGGCGCCACCAACAACGACCACUUUGUUGCCACGUGCGAGGUGGUGUCGCUGCCCGGGGUGGCGCGGGACGCGAGGUUCGCCACCAACGAGCUGCGCGUGCGGCACAGGAAGGAGCUCGUCGCCACGCUGGCCGCCAGGUUCGCGGAGAAGACCACCGCGCAGUGGCUGGAGCUGUUUGAGGGCUGCCCCGUGCCCUACGGACCAAUCAACAGCAUGCGCCAGGUGUUCUCCGACCCCCAGGUUUUACACAAUGGGUUAAUUCAGCACAUGGAUCAUCCGACUGCCGGCCACAUAGCGGUACCAGGGCCCCCCGUGCGGUACGGGGACCACGAGAAGGGGUACCCCGCGGUGCCGCCCCCGCUGCUGGGGGAGCACACGGGAGAGGUGCUGACGCAGCUGCUGGGCUACAGCGACGCCGCCGUCGCCCAGCUGAGCCGCGACGGCGCCGUGUCCCUGUGAGGACCCCCCCUUCCCUCCCUCUCCACCCCCCCUGGGAGCAUGCGGCCCGGCUUCGUCGUCGGCCAACGAUCCGUCCACUGCUGGAUGAAGCGAGCCCUCGACGUCCACCCGUUGUCUCGCUAUGCGGCGGACCGCGCGACCCCCGUCAACGCCACGCGUUCACGUCGCGUCUCGCUCCGUCUCCGCGCGGCGGUUGACCUCUCGAGCGCCGUGCAUUGACGAGGAGCUGUCCAUGAACGUUGGCGUUUUAUUCGUGUAAUGAUGUCGUACUGGCGGCGGCGGCGGUGGUGGUGUUGUUAAUGGCCGUAGCGCCGAUAAAUGAUUGCGCCGUAGUUUAUCACAAUCAGAUGACAAAUCAAGAGUGACCCUAUGUCACCAGCAGGCUCGCAGUGACGAGCGCUGGGGAGUCACUUCACUGUAAAUUGAGAUAAUUGCCAGUGACAUCUCCCCUGGGCUCAGAGCGCCUCUCAUCACCCCCCCCCCCUACCCGCUUGCCCACCUCACCGCCCCAGGGAGACAGAUCCGGCAAUGGUGACCAGUGAGCUCCCUCGGCGACGUGGAGAGAGCGGCGACCGUCACUAAAUAAUGGCAAUGAAUCGCGACGUUGAUGGCGGUUUUUUUUUUGCGGUCGUUAUCCGGGCCAUCCGUUGGUCCUCUUGGCUCGCGUCGACCUGGAGCAACGGCCGUGGUUGUAAUUUGACGUUGAGGUGGUUGAACCAGAUAGCUGCGUCGGGGGUAGCGGAGUGGUCCUUUUACAACAUGCGUGUGAUGCCAAAUUGUUCACGAGCUAAAUGCCAAUGUCGAGGUCCGCUAGCCACGAGAGCGCUUCAGGAGAGAGUUCAUGUAGUUUUGCGAUUCCUCCUCCAUUGAAGGAGCGGCAGACUACAGUGGGGUUACUUUAUGGUCCAUGGUUUGGGUUGCGUGGCCACAAACGCACAACUGUGUUGCUUGUGCCUUUCAAUUCUCAUUCAUGAACCAGAUGUGUGACAAUCGGCCUGGAUGAUGUUCUGGACGACACUGUUGAUGGUGCCACCACCAGUGUCUUCAAGGAGGAUGUCAGAGUGAGGAGGUGCGAUGGUUGAGUCCCGAGGGAGGUGUUUAUUUUGGACGACCGCUUUGUUUGUUCGCCAGCGUUCUUCCGGAUCUGGAUGAGAUUCUAGGAUGGUGACUGCAGCGCAGUGCCCAGAAAGUGGAUCGGGCCUUGAGUCGGCGGUGACGAACGUUCUUGAGGCCUCGGUUUUCGUUUGCAAGAAAAAAAGUAUAAAUGUCUUGGCAGUUUGCAAGCGGUGAUGAUGCCUCCUUCGUAUUUACGAAUCGGGCAUUGAGUCGUUAAAUGUUCCAUGGUCUGUUCUGCGCGACCACAAGUCGCGCACUGAUGGGAUAUCUUUUUUCUUUUUCCAUGUUUUGGAUCAUCAGGUAUCCGCAUCUGCUGCUGCCAUAUUUUGUGCGGUGUAGGGUUGCUGGCCCAUACGCUUCGUGAAAUAUCAAAAGCAGGGACCUGCGUGAGUCGAGAAGUCUUCUCGAGAACCUGGACUCUCUAUUGGGUUACGGUUAAUUUGGGCCAAAUACGAGGAUCGCAUUUGAAUAACAAUCAUGGUCAUCUGUGGUUGUCAAGACUAAUGGUGAUCAUGAUUGUUAUGUAAUAUAUAUCGUAUGUACGAAGAGACAUGGAAUAUUUAACCAGGACCUUCAAACCUCCCAUGAACUGUAUUAAACAUUAACAAGCGUGGGGAGCCGAAACCAAAAAAAAAUAACUGUUUGUAAUUUUUAUCAGCCCAUACAAAAAUGUAAUUUAUCUUUAAUUAAAUUUUAGGACACGCGGUGUACUGUACACGUAAUCUGCAGCUGUGCGUACGCCCAUGAUGAAUCCGCUAUGUAAAAUAAAUAAAUAAGCAUUUUGUUGCUUUAUUGAGCACAACAUCA